CCAACCACUGACGUUCCUGAGGCAAGGAUAUGUAAUUGGUAUUGCCCACUGAGCAACUGCUUUUUACAGGAAAGUUAGCCUACCAUUGAACCAUUAGUGUAAUACCAUUUUUGUUAAUGGCUUGAUGACUAUGAAUGGAUAGAAUGGAUAUUUUGCGUCGCUGAUAUCGGUUUGGUGACAUGCUUUUGCCCUCCAAGCAGAUAGAUAGAUAGCCUAGAUACAGAUAUACUAUCUAUCUAUCUAUCUAUCUAUCUAUCAAUCAUACUACUCAAUAGUGAUGCUCAAUAGCCAUUUUUUAUGAUUUAUCCGAGCAACAAAACAUCGAUUAUUUGUUAUAAAGACAGCUGUCUGAACUAAAUAUUUUUUCAGUAUACCACAAUCGUCUGCAAGACAUAUCUAUUGGUCUAAAAUGGCAUGUAAAACAAAGACUAAAUGAACAAAUGCCUUAACGUGUGCUUUUGAAAGCGCUUCCUGCCAAGAAAUGGGUUGUUCUCUCCCCACCCUCACUUGCGUUUCAUCCUACGUUUCUAUUACAUCAAACCAGAAUGCACCGCACUGUUUGCAGUUUACCCAACUUCUCCAUGGCGAUAAAGCUAGCACAGCCCCUUAUUCAAAUUAUACCGGAAGAAAACGUCAUUUUUGGCCAAUCUGAGCGCUCUGAAAUGACAUAAUGGAAUUUUUAGGAAUAGAAAACUUGCAGAUGCUUAUUAACGCCCAUUGCUGAAAUCGUUGCCCGAGGUAGAGUUAUCAAAUGAAGGCUUAGAAGAGUCCUUUGCUAUGUUCAUUUAUCAUAUUUCUAUAUGAGGACUGCUUAGACGGUGACGGAAAACGGGGUGUUGAAGCAUUCUACAGGUUAGGCUACAUGAUAAAAGAUUCACCUAAAGGAACCAUCUGCUUCGUGACUGGUAAAUAAGGAGAAACCAUUUCUGCAUGAAGCUCCACACAUCCCAUGUGAGGGGAUAGGAUGGAAAUAACCUUCUACCCUGACGAUGUGCUGAAUAAAUCUCGAGGAAUUUCAAGCAUCUACUCUCAAGACAGCAUGAUGAAGAAGGAUAUCAACUCCGAAGAUCAAGGCAGUGCCAACCUUAAGCAGGAUCUGCCCGAUACCGAGGGCAUUCUGAAUUCUCCGGACCUGCUGAAACUGGCGUCGCCGGAGUUGGAGCGACUGAUUAUACAAUCCAACGGUAUGGUCACGACGACACCGACCUCACAGUUUGUCUACCCGAAGUCAGUGAGCGAUGAACAGGAAUUUGCCGAGGGCUUCGUGAAAGCUCUGGAAGACCUCCACAAGCAGAACCAAUUAAAUGGGGGACCGUGCUUGCCUCCAGUGAGCCGACUCAGUGCCAACACAACCUUAGCCCUACAGACUGAUCUACCGGUGUACACGAACUUAAACACCUAUGGAAAUAGCCCGCUGGGCACUACAGUGAAUUAUUCCACGGACACCAUUCCCUUUCCUCCGCCGCCUUCGCAUCCCCUGAGCGCGCAGCAACAAGCGCAGACAAGACUCCAGUCACUCAAGGACGAGCCUCAGACUGUGCCGGACAUUCAGAGCUUUGGCGACAGUCCACCUCUUUCGCCCAUCGACAUGGAUACACAGGAGCGCAUCAAAGCCGAGAGGAAAAGGCUUCGUAACAGAAUAGCCGCUUCAAAGUGCCGUAAGAGGAAGCUGGAGAGGAUAUCCAGGCUAGAGGACAAGGUGAAAUCCCUGAAAACCCAGAACACCGAGCUUGCGUCGACAGCGAGUGUACUCAGGGAGCAAGUGGCCCAGCUGAAACAAAGGGUCAUGAACCAUGUGAACAAUGGCUGUCAGCUACUUCCAAAUCAAGUUCAAGCGUACUGAGGGAGAGGAAGGCCACUUCACUUAGCAAGACACAUUGGAGUUCUCACCGAACCCAAACUUUGAAUGACGUCGUUAGAUGCCUUUUUAUUCUCUCGCUACAGCCUACACAACAUUUUAGAGGAUUGGCAGAGGAAUAGAAAGAACUGGACACUUCAUUCGUGGUGCUUAUGUAAAUGAUGGGAAAUCUAUGUUUACAGAGCUUUUGUAGCAUACAGAUAUCCUAUCUCAUCUUCUAUGUUAGGAGGGAGCAAUCACCAGUCCAUUAACAGUAAUCCUUUAUGUCUUUGAGUCCAAUGGCGUGAAUAAGCUAUGAGCAGCUACAUUUUGCAUGAAAAGACAAACUCACUGAGUGCAACUCCAACACAAGGAUGCCAUGCAUGUCGUCCCAGUGUAAUGCCUUACUUGUCUUCAAGAACUUAACCAAUGACAAAUGUGUAUUUUAUAUAUAUAUAUAUAUUCAAUUAUUCACACUAUGUCUUAUUUCUUUGACGUACCAAUGUGACUUCUGUGUUCUGUCCCAAGUGUUUUAUGUCUGAGUAUUCAAACUCAAGUGUUAUUUUUUAAUUCACGUUAAUGGCAUAUAAGAAAUGUAUACAUUUCCAAUGAGAUAUUGUGUACUAUAGGUUCAUUAAACAUCCUGAACAUCUCA